AUGGGAAAGGCGCAGAAGAAGACCGGAAAGGGUCGUCUCGAUAAGUACUACAAGCUUGCAAAAGAGCAGGGCUACCGUGCUCGGUCGGCCUUCAAGCUCAUUCAGUUGAACAAGAAGUACUCCUUCCUAGAGAGUGCACGAUGUUGCAUAGAUCUGUGUGCCGCCCCCGGCGGUUGGUUGCAGGUGGCGAGCAAGUAUAUGCCAGUAAAUAGUGUUAUAGUCGGCGUCGACUUGGUACCCAUCAAACCCAUUCCUCGGGUUGUUACAUUUGCCUCCGACAUCACCACACCGCAAUGUCGCAAUCUUAUUCGAGCAGAGCUCAAGGACUGGAAGGCCGACGUCGUCCUCCAUGAUGGUGCGCCGAACGUCGGUUCAGCCUGGGUCCAGGACGCAUACGGCCAGUCUGAGCUGGUGCUCAUGAGUAUGAAACUAGCCGUAGAGUUCCUCUUGAAGGGUGGGACGUUCGUCACCAAGGUCUUCCGAAGUGCGGACUACAACAACCUCAUCUGGGUUUUCAACCAGCUCUUCGGAAAGGUCGAGGCUACGAAGCCGCCAUCAUCCAGAAAUGUCUCCGCCGAGAUCUUCGUUGUCUGUAGAGACUUCCUUGCUCCGAAGCACAUCGACCCUAAGUUUUUCGACCCCAAACAUGUGUUCAAGGACCUGUCUGCGAUGGCUCCCGGGGAAGGGGGUGUAUCGUCCAAGAACUACCACGAGAGCGUCUUCCAACCAGAGAAGAAGCGCCGCAAACGUGACGGAUACGACGAGGGGGACUACAUACUCUUCAAGAAAGCAGGCGCUGCUGAGUUCAUUCGCUGCCAAGAUGCAGUCGUAUUUCUUGGGAGCAUAAACAAGAUUACCUUUGACACGGAAGAAGAGAAAGAAUGGCUGAAGCUGGACAUCACGACGUCUGACGUCGUUGCCAACUGCGAAGACCUCAAAGUCCUCGGCAAGGGUGACUUUAAAGCCCUCAUGAGAUGGCGCACUGCCCUGCGAGAGGAGAUCGGUCUUGAAGUCAAAACCAAGCACGCUGAGGAACUGACGGAAGUUGUUGAGGUGACAGAGGAAGUCGACGAGGAGACAGCAAUCCAGAACGAGUUGGAACGUCUCAACGCCGAAGCCGCGGCGCGCGCGAAGCGCGACCGCCGACGUGCCAACGAGGUCAAGACACGGACUAUCCAGCGCAUGCAGCUCCAGAUGACCGCGCCGCUCGAUAUCGGUUUAGAGCAGAGCGAUGCUUCAUUGGCAUUUGGCCAAGAUGAUAUAUUCGACCUAGAUGGUGCUACCAAGGCGAUGAACAGCCGGGGAGGCGCCAAGAGACUCGAGGAAGAAGACGACGCGGAAGACGACGACGAAGACGAGGGUGGGAGCGACGCGGAGAACGAGGAUGUCCUGGACUCCGAGGAAGAGCGCGAACGAAAAGUCGAAGGCCUCCAAGCGGAUCUCGACGGCCUCUACGAUGCCUACAGGGAUCGUCUGCGAGAACGGGACGCAAAGUUCAAGGUGAAGGAGGCGAGGAAAAACAACAAGGCUCGAGAGGAUUGGUAUGGAAUUGCCAAGAAGGAUAGCGACGAUGAAGAUGAAAGCGAAGAAGAGGGUGGGUGGGACAAGAUGGAGGAGACGAAGGAGCGAUUAGGGGAGGAUUCGAGCUCAGACGAGAGCGACAACGACGAAGGUGCCCCAGUGCGUGCAGGGCAGAAGCGUCCAAUGGACUCAAAUGCUCGGGGUUCUCAGCAAAUUCGCAAGAAGGCGCGAACAUCGGCCGCAUCGGCUGCCCCUCCUUCGAAUCCUCAAUUAAAUCGUGCCGCGCAAGUUUGGUUCAGCCAAGAUUGCUUCGCGGGUCUUGACAUCGAUAUCGAAGACGACGAGGCUGAAGAGGACGUUCAGAUGGACGAGGACGAGGAUGAGGAUGAGGAUGACGGUGCUCAAGACCAAGCGCAGACUAGCGACGAUGAAGACGAUUUCGAAGUGGUACCUCAGGAUCCUGAUGACUCCGCAUACAUGUGGGACGUCGAAAAUGAGAACGAGGACGAGCUCAAGGAAGCGAAGAUACGGAAACACGGCCUUGUGACCCCCGAGGCUGUCACAAUCGCGCAGAAGCUCGUAAAUAGGGAGAAGACACGGACUGAACUGAUCAAUGACGGCUUCAACCGCUAUUCGCUCAACGCGAAAGACGGGCUCCCUCCCUGGUUCCUUGAUGACGAAGAUAAGCACUAUAAACCCAACAUCCCCGUCACCAAAGAGGCCGUAGACGCAUUGCGGGCAAAGAUGCGCGCCCUCGACGCUCGACCGAUCAAGAAGGUCGCAGAAGCGAAGGCACGGAAGAAAAUGAGGGCUGCUCAACGUCUCGAAAAGGCCAUGAAGAAAGCUGAAGGCGUCAACGAAACUACGGAUAUUACAGAGCGCGAGAAAGCUAAGCAGAUCGAGAAGUUGAUGCAAAAGGGCAUGGCGAAUAAGCAGAAGAAGGAAGUGAAGCUAGUCGUUGCAAAGGGCGCACACAAGGGCGUGAAAGGUCGACCGAAGGGCGUGAAGGGACGCUAUGUCAUGGUCGAUUCGAGAAUGAAGAAAGAGCUGAGAGCACGGAAACGAAAAGAACGAGCCACCAAAAAACGCAAGCGGACCUAAUUUCACCCAUGUCGGUUGUUAUCAUUGCACACAUUUAUCUGACAUUCCCACUAUCUCAUUCGCACGAUUGUACCACAUUUAACACAUCUCAGAUCAUAUUA